CUCGGGAGCACGGUCGCAAUUGUAUAAACAAAGUAAGUAAAUACAAUAAAUGCGCAUAUUCAAUGAGCUCGGCGAAGUUCAGUAGGCUGUUAUUUGUUCAGUCCAACAACAGGGAACAACGGAGAACAACAAGGAACAACAUUUUGUAGUGCACAUGUAUUUGUUUUGUUUGUAUUGACUGGAGGAAACCAGUGUUUUAUAUGCGGACGUGGGCGGAAAGGACAGAAUUUACAAUCCAACUAAAAUGCCGCCCCAAGAGAAACCAGCAGUAGACCCGACAGUGAGCGGUGUCCUAUUCGAGUCAGACACGCAGACGGAGGACUUGGGCCUCGCCAAGGACGUCACGGGACUCAAGAAGGCCACACCCAGAACGCACGAAUACGUCUGGGGCAACAUCCUGUGGUUCCUCUUCCUGCACAUCGCCUCCCUUUAUGCGGUCUAUCUGGUGUUCACAUCGGCUAAAUGGCAGACUAAUGUGUUUGCUUUCGCAGUGCACCUGAUGUGCGCGAUCGGCAUCGGCGCAGGCUCCCACCGUCUGUGGACUCACCGCUGCUUCAAGGCGCGCACGCCGCUGCGGGUCGUGCUCAUGCUGUGGCAGACUAUGGGCUUUCAGGACAGCAUCUUCGAAUGGGCGCGCGAUCACCGCACGCACCACAAAUACGCGGACACGGAUGCAGACCCUCAUAACGCUGAACGAGGGUUAUUCUUCUCCCACAUGGGCUGGCUGUGCUGCAAGAAGGGCCCAGAGGUCAUCGAGGGUGGCCGCCGCAUCGACCUCACUGACCUUUACGCUGAUCCUGUCGUUAUGUUCCAGAGAAAGCACUACUUGAAGAUGAUGCCGAUCCUGUGCUUCGUGUUGCCGACCAUCAUCCCGGUGUAUUUCUGGGACGAGACCUGGCUGAACGCCUUCCUAAUCCCCACCAUCCUGCGGUACACGUGCGGUAUCAACGUCGUCUGGAGUGUCAACAGCUUCGCACACAAGUUCGGAUACAGACCUUAUGACAAGUCAUUGAAUCCCCGCGAGAACAUCGGAGUGUGGAUGGUCUGCGUGGAGGGAUUCCACAACUACCACCACACCUUCCCGUGGGACUACCGCGCGACUGAGCAUCCGCUUUACAACAUGCUCACUCCCACCAUCGUCUUCAUCGAGCUGAUGGCUAAGAUUGGACAAGCCUACGAUUUGAAGAGUGUAACGAAGGACAUUAUAAAGCAGAGAUCUCAACGCACAGGUGAUGGGUCCCACCACAUAUGGGGCUGGGAUGACCCUGAGUUCACAGAGCAGCUUAAGACGAGGCUCGGUCUCGUCAGCUACGAAGACAGGAAAACCGCUUAGAUGCGUCGUAACCUUAACCUGGCAAAGAUCUUAAAAUUGCCAUGUGUCUAAUGGAUACUCGACAGAUAAUUUAAAUAACUAACAAAGAAUUGUUAUUGUGAUCUUAGUAUGUGUA